GAAAUAGAGAAAAAAAAGUAAUAGUAAAUCAAAGUGUGAAACAAACAUCACGUGGAAAUGGUGUUGACUAGGAAAACAAAGAGAACAACAUUGUCAGCUUGGAUUCAAUGCAAACUGUACCUCAGAUGAUAACUGAAUGGCGAAUCACUGUGCCGUCCAAGGAGGCUGUCCCACUGACUAUGCAGCCGUUGUCGUUUCCGUUGCCUCCUUAAUUCUGCUUCUGGUAUGGUCAAUAUUUCCCUUCAUAGUUCACAAGGUUCCUCGUACUAAAGGAAGUGGUUUUUGGAUACCUGUAAUUCAAGUUGUUGCUAGCUUCAACCUUCUUUUAUCAAUUAUGAUGUCAAACCGUUUCUUGAAAUUUGAAAAGAGGCAUUGGAUGUCAUGCUAUUUGUGGGCAGUUUGGGGUGAAGGUCCACUAGGAUUUGGUUUGCUGUUGAGCUGCCGCAUAACACAAGCAUUUCAGUUAUAUUUUAUCUUUGUCAAGAGGCGUUUACCACUGAUCCGAUCAUUCUUUUUAAUUCCACUUAUUCUAUUUCCCUGGAUUGUUGGUGCUGCUGUUAUCCAUAUAAAGAAGCCUCUUAACAAUCGCUGCCACAUGUCGGCUCAGUGGACCAUACCAGUUGUUUGCCUUCAUUCAUUAUAUGUUGCGACUUUGGUUGGGGUAACUGCUGCUGUUCAUCAUAUAGAGUUCAGGUUUGAUGAACUCAGAGACCUUUGGAGAGGAAUACUUGUAUCAUCCGUAUCCAUUGUUGUAUGGGUUACUGCUUACAUACUUAAUGAAAUUCAUGACAAUAUCUCAUGGCUUCAAGUUGCCUCCAGAUUUCUUCUUUUAGUUUUGGCUAGCAUACUUGUCCUGGCAUUCUUUUCAAUAUCAAGUUCACAACCACUGCUCUCGCAAAUCAGCUUGAGGAGAAGAGAAUCCAGGGAGUUUCGCACAAUGGGCCAGGCUUUGGGCAUACCUGAUAGUGGGGUAUUAACACAAAGUGAACCAAUUUCGAGGAUAGAUCCCAAUGAACCAUUGGAUAAGCUUCUCAUGAACAAGAAAUUCAGGCAGUCUUUUAUGGCAUUUUCCGACAGUUGCUUGGCUGGGGAGAGUGUGCACUUUUUUGAUGAAGUGCAUGAGCUAAGUAAGAUAUCGGAAAAUGACUGCGUGAGAAGAAUCUAUAUGGCACGACAUAUUAUUGAGAAGUACAUAGUCGCAGGUGCAGCUAUGGAGAUAAACAUCUCUUACAGAAGCAAACAGGAAAUUUUGUCAACUUCAGACCUAGCACGCGCUGAUCUCUUUCAUAAUGCACUUAAUGAGAUCGUGCAGCUGAUGAAAACGAACUUGGCAAAAGAUUACUGGUCAUCAAUGUUCUUCCUGAAGUUCCAGGAGGAAUGCGACAUGAGGUGUAACGGCUAUGAGCUUGAGCAAAUGACAGGGUGGAACUAUUCUCCCAGGUUGAGUUCCGUGCACGGUACAGAUGAUCCUUUUCACCAGGAUCAUCUUCUUAAGAACUCAGAAUGUGGCAAUGAUACUGACUCAUGAUUUGGAACCGCUUAUCGACUCGCCAAACCAGAUUUACCUAAAUUACUGAUAUAUUUUACCUACUCUAUAUAUGACAAAAAGGAAACUGUAUAGUUAGGCUAGGAUCAUGUACAUCUUGGCCUUGUUGCUAACACUGAUUUAUGAACCCUGAACUUUCCAAGUUACUUUAACCACAUCUUAGGUUUAGAGAUUUAAGCAUACACAAACGACCUUGUUGUACUUGUAUUGUUGAAUGCAGCUACCUUACAGCUUCCUCUGAAUGACAUGGCUUUAAUUUUGAUAGUUGCAUUAA